AUGGCAAUUAUUAUGAAUAUCCCAACAUCGCGUCCCUCUCAGAAUCUCAAAGGGAAAGGGGGAUGUCAUGUGAUCAUCGGAGAUAAGUUUCCCACCUUUGCCAACUGGCGUCCUUUACCAUACCCGGCAAUUAGUGGGCUGUUUGGGCGAUCCCCGAGAACAUGUUGCCCUGCCAACCAUCGUUUACCAAGUGACCUCAAGCCCGAAGAUCUGAUGUCCAGGUUCUUAUAACCAACUUCAGCUCGACUUUACUGUGAUUAUUAUUCCGUACACUCAUAUUUUCUCAGAGCACAUUCAUCGCUCGUAUUUACUCAAGGAGGACAUUGGGAUAGUUGCGCGAAGCAAUCCCACCGCGUAAGAGAAAGAGAAAGAGAAGAUUGCUUUCGACCCGGCUGGCCGAUUUACGACAGUGAUCAGGAAAAGAUGGUCAGGCUUGCCUUCUCCAACCUGAGUAUUCAUGAUACUCCACGCAUUGGAAACAAGCAGCGUGAUGUCGAACCAAAGACCGUUCAGCGAACCGCCCGUUCCAAGAAAGAACCAAAGCAUCUAUUCGAAGAUUCCGAGAACAGCGACGACGAAGGAACCAGGACGGCGCGAAAGCUGUGGACGAAGACCAGCACCAAUAAUCUGAAGAUCCGCUCUCCUACUAAGACUCCACGACCUCCGAAGCCUGUCGCUGGUUCUGACUUUGAGAUUUUCGACGAUGGCGAUUCGGGAAGCGAGGACGGUGAUGCGGAAUUGUCCUCGAUUACGACCAUCUCCAAUGGCGUGACGACAAGACUGCCACUGAGUCUUGCUCCAGUCAACUCAUUCCUCCUCCCUCCCCCGAAAACAGUGCAGAGAAGACAGCCACGAGCACGAAAGGGAGAUAGUGAUGACUACGAUAAGGAGAAUGAUGUCUUCGAAGGCGAAAGCUUUGAGCUGGAGGUGAGGGGUCGGGCUUCUCCAAUCCGACGGGCGCACUCCAGACCACUCUCGCAACGGCCUGGAAAAGGCAAUGGAAAGGGCAAGCAAUUCACAAGCUACAGAGAGCCCUCGAAUGAAACCGACGACAGCGAAGCAGAGACUGCGAGCAAGUUGGGGGAGGAUACAUUUGACUCCCUGGCAGAUUUCAUUGUUGGCACUGAUGAGGAGCCCAGUGUUCAUGAAAGUGUUGAUGAAAGCAUCAGCAGAGAUAUAGAGGCUGGGACCCAGAAGACGCGGAAAAGACUAAUUAGAGGAAGGAGACCCAACACAGAAGCUCAAAUGAAGCAGUAUCUGGCUGGCGGUGAAACCUUUGACACCCUUCGCCUGGAGCCUUCACUGCCAACACAAAUCGAUCUGGGUUCUCCUUCUAAGCCCCAGCUGAAGCCUUCAUGUUUGCCUCAGCAAGAUCUCAGGAGCCCUAGCAAAAUGAAGGACUUCAUCAAAGAGGAGUCUUUCCAGCAAGACUCUAGUGACAUGGGAUCAUUGUUGGAUUCUGAAUCGACGAGCAAAGCCCAGUCCGAAGAACCUGAAGAACCAGCGACACCAGCAACACCGCCAAAGACUCCCGCGAAGGUGCGCCUCUUAUCACCGUCCAAGCCUAGAGGGAGAAUUCCAGAGUCCCCGCAUCGAGAGAGCAGCGAUGCGUUCUGGAGCCAGGAAGUGAUCGCCGAAUGGAACGACCAGAAUUCCCCCAAAAAGGAGGAGACACCUGGUCGCGCCAUGCAGCGUCUCCUCCGUGCUCUCGGAGAACCAGUUGUCGAAGAAGGCAGCCCCUUGACAUCUUCUCCCGGGAAGAACGGCCCAAAGAGCCCAAGUAAGACGGCUCUCAAGAAGGCGGAAGCAGAGCAGAGGAGAGCCGUUCUGCAGAGGAAAAAGGACUUUGACAAUAAGAAGGCUUCCCUUGCCGAAGACUUCUUCAAGGUCUUGGAUGACACCGUGUCCGACGGUCAAAUCCAGAAACUUGCAGAGGAAACCGGUGGAGUCAAGAUCAUUUGGAGCAAGACUUUGCAGACCACUGCUGGAAGAGCCAACUGGAAGAGAGAAAAGCUCAGCGGAGCUGCGUCUGAAGAGCAACCGACGACCAAGCAUCAUGCAUCCAUCGAGCUGGCGGAAAGGGUCAUCGACUCCGAAGACCGCCUCCUCAACACGCUGGCACAUGAAUACUGUCAUCUCGCCAACUUCAUGAUCUCCAACGUUCGCAACAACCCCCACGGUGCCAGCUUCAAGGAAUGGGGCCACAAGUGCACCACCCUGCUCAAAGAUCACCCGGUCUAUGGUGGAAAAGUCGAGGUCACUACGAAACACAGCUACAAGAUCAACUACAAGUACGUCUGGAUGUGUGUCGACUGCGGCCAGGACUACGGACGUCACUCCAAGAGCAUUGAUCCGUCGAAGUCGAGAUGCGGACACUGCAAAGGUGUCCUUCAGCAAAUCAAGCCGAAGCCGAGAAACGUCACGAAGAAGAAGACUACCGAGUCCAGCGAGUCCGUUGAUGAAGUAGUGAAGGGGGUGGAACAGGUCAGCCUGUAGAAUUUUGACCUGUCUGAGCAUCUUGCCGUAUCUAGGGAGAGGCGUGUGGAGAUGUGUUGACCUGCAGAUAGAACUUUUGCACUGAAGGUGUUUGGGAUUCUACUAUUGGAGUUACUUGGGGGCGUUUUUGAUUUUUGUAGCAUACAAGCAUUGCAUGGUAGAUAUUGUGAGCUAUUCAUCAAUGUUGAAUUGUCCUCUGAUCAUACUCUUCCCCUUGGCGUUGAAGAUUGGUUAACUAAGCAUCUUGUUCUGUAU